AUGGUAGAAUAUCUUCGUUCUCGUCGCUGCUCGUGUUGUCGAUCGCCAGCUCCGGCCACCACCAUCUCUCAGUUUUCACCACGCGCAACACGUGCUACACGCGUCCCCGACACGGACGCAAACUCGGUCCGCACACUCCAAUUCAUUCACUCAACCCCAAUCGAUCUCGUUGCCUGCCUUUGUCCAGCUGCCAGCAGCUUCAUUCAUUAUAUUUACCCGCUUAGCCUUUUAGUUAUCUGGAUUUCUGUGAUGCUAUCAUCUGCUGGCUUUGUCCUCGUUCGUAAUGCUGGCCCUCCAAUUGGCCCACGGAACUCCCCACUCGCCGGAUCUCAACUCCUUCAAUAUAUAUCCCUGUUUCACAACCUCAUCAUCAAGCAAAUAUCCUUCGUGUUGGCCUUAUUUGCUUUCCUCAGACAGGGACACCUAAAGAAAAUGUCUCAUGCUUGGCCUCUCCACCAAGUUCGUUUCUCCCCCAACCGUGGGUUCUCGCGCCAGCCAAGAACAGGCGCACUCACACAAUAA